AUGACUUCAGAAUCAAAAGUGAUUGACGUUGUUCAACAACAUCUGGACAAGGCAAAAUGGAUUGUCUCCCGGUCAGCAAUAUCGGAGGGUUGGUUUACCGUUCAGAAAAUGGACUAUCACCAUUUGGAGAAUUUUGAAGGCCAGACAUUUGAUGGCAUUUACACAAUGGGAACAUUUGUUCAGGACACAGAUCCCGAGGCAGUCUUAGCCGGAUUCUUCCAUGAACUCCGCCCUGGGGGUCGUCUGUCCUUAUUGAAAGUAUUGUUUCGUUCCAUGCGCAAAAUUAACGAGGUUGCUGCUAUGCCAACAAAUAGUACGUCACAUCCCGGGGUAUUCCAACAUAUGGUUGAAGAUGCCGGGUUUACGAUGAUGUGGUUUGGGACUAUUCAGACAACAUACGCCCAAUGA